GUUUGUUUGCAUGGCGUAUUACUAUGUUGCACUCAACCCCAGGACUUCGACGGACGUGGUUGGUGACAUUGGAAGAGCAGUAUUCUGGAGUACCAGAGCCAUGCUAGGGCAGCAAUGGACCAGAUCACAUACCGCCAUGACACAGUGCUGUCAGAUGUACACAUGCUUCUUCCAAACGCACGCCAUCUUAUGACACGCCUCAACCGUGGGGGACAGCCAGUCUUCAUUUCUUGGUUCAAGAUCAUCUGGGAAGAUGGAGAGAAGCAGGAAGCGUGCAACCCUGCACCCCUUUCCAGCAGGGAAGAUCUUGAGAAGGACACACAGGAGAGAGAUGCCAGCGGCGGAGAUACAAAGGGGCCCGACGGAGGCGGGAAUGAGACAGAAGCCGAGGGAGGAGGAGCUGGGGAGCCGGUGCCGGUGCUGGAUGAUGAUGGAGACCUGGAGGUGGCCCGCAGGCCCAGAGAGAGUGUACCCAUGGAGGGAAGAGAGGGCAGAGUGUUCCCAAUCAUCCUCAGCCAAGCUUCAGCUGAGGAUGAAGAGGAGGAUGAGGAUGAAGAUCAGUGCCCCAGAGAUGUCAUCAGGAUAGAACACACCAUGGCCACGCCACUGGAAGAUGUUGGAAAACAGGUUUGGAGAGCGGCAUUCCUGUUGGCCGACUUCAUUCUGUCUGAGCCUGCCACCUUCCGGGAAACUACCGUUCUCGAGCUGGGGUCAGGGACCGGGCUGACAAGCGUUGUCAUGGCAAUAAUGGCUAAAACAGUUUACUGCACAGAUAUCGGGGAUGACCUGCUGAGCAUGUGUCAGAGGAAUAUGACAUUGAACCAACACCUUUUAGAGCCAACAGGUGGAGAUAUGAGAGUGAGGGAGCUGGACUGGCUCCGGCACGAUCUGUGCACAGAUGGCGACACCGAAUUCGGAUGGACAGAGGAGGAAGUAGCUGAUCUCUAUGACAAUACUACCUUCAUAAUUGCUGCCGAUGUGUGUUACGAUGAUGACCUGACCGAUGGGUUUUUCAAGACUGUUUACAGACUCUGUGAUAACUUCCACCAAGCCUGCACAGUCUACGUGGCUAUAGAGAAAAGGCUGAAUUUCACACUGAGGCACAUGGACGUGUCAUGCGAGGCCUACGACCACUUCCGUCACUGUCUGUCAGAGAUGCAGGAAAUGAUGGGUGGACGGACGAGUUUCAAAGUGCAGCAGGUUGCUCCCGCCUUUCCACAGCACCUGCAGUAUGAACGCAUAGAGCAGCUGGAAUUGUGGAAAGUUAUCGCCACACCCGUUCGGGCCAUCUCAACAGGUUCUGGAUCCUUCGUUCCUACUGAUUCAGAACUAGCUGGAAUUGGAUCCAACCCUCUUGGUACACUGUAGGGGGGGGGGGGGGUAAUUGAGAUGGGUUAUCGAGUCAUUAAAUCACAUAUCAUCCUCAGCAACCAUUUUGUUCCUGGUACAUAUUAUCAGUCUAAUGGCUUUUCAUUGAACCUGGUAAAAAAAGCCAAAGCCUUUUAUUUAUUUUUAUUACCCAUAAAGACAAUUAGACCUUUAUUCCUCCUUUCUCUGUCUAAGAGUACUUCAUGACAAACACCAUGGUUCAGAUUGUGUACAUGUAGGGGGAACUUUAUAUAAUUUUGAUUUUGCAGUGUUAAAUUAAUUAGUGUUGCCAGUCGAAUCUUGUAAAUAAGACUGUCGUUAUAAACCUGAGGCCUGUUCCAUAAAGCGAGUUUACUGAAUAAGCCAGACUUAUGUCAGUUAGUCGGACUCAUUUCUAGUUCAUUCGGUUCCAUAAAGCUAGCUCAACCUAGUUCGAACUCAGUUACUAUGGUAACUUAUGCUUCGAAACUAGCCUGGUCCGGGGCAGGCUAAUUGUCAGGCUUAGACCGUAUUGUUGCUUAAUCAGACGUUCCUGUAACACUGACCCAACGGGAAAACGAUGAUUUACCACGGACAUUCUCAUUUUCUUAUUCUCAUCAGUUCAAUAUGUAGGCUACACUCAGCGCUUGACAUUAACAUUUUUGCUCACCAGCCACUAGGUGGCUAGUGGUUUUCCAAAGUUAUUAGCCACUGAGCAAUUUCAUUAGCCAAAAAUGAGCUAUAUUAACCAAUGUUCUAGCCUCUCUGGAGUAAAUAUAAAAAAUGUUAGACAAGCUUUCUUUCAACUUACCUUCUCCAUCACGUGUGUUCGCGCGUCUAUGUUGCUUACCUAGUAACGAACGUAUGGUGGCUGAGACUGUUCCGUGUGUUCGCGCAUCUGUUGCCUAGUAACGAACGCACGGUGGCCGAGACAGUUUAACACGGGAAAGCGAUACGUGGUUGGCGUUGCCUUCUCAGCCUGAGAAAUACAAGGUGUGGCGUGUGAGUGUAUGAACUGGUUGAAAUGCGUGUGUCUCACGGUCAAUGCAUGAGGCUUGAGAGCCCUGUUUUAGAUGUGUUUUGAGAAGACUACAAUCAAAAAAAUAUAGAGAGAGAUAUAUAGAAUUCCACCCGCCAAAGUGGCUAGUAAGAGUGACUGCUUUACCCGCCACAGCCAAAUUCUACCCGCAUUUGGCGGGGUGGGCAGGUGCUGAUGUCAAGCCCUGGCUACAUUUAUAGAAAAUCAACUUAAAUAGCCUACAUAGGCUACACAACACUUAGCCUAAUGCAUUAAACAAUGAUGAACAAUGAUUUGAUACACACCAUAGCCACAGUAAACAUAUGGCUAUAUGGUAGUUUGUGAUUCCAAAUGUUUAGGCAUCAGGCAUAGGCCUAUAUCUAAAUCUAAAUUAUCCAAGUAUAAUUAUCAUAUCAAUAUAAUUGUUAACUGUAGCCUACAAUUGCAAAACGAACCUAAAUCCAUACAUCUAUCCUCCCUAUUUUCCCGACACAAAAACCAUAUUAAAAAGUUAGGCUACUGGAUAAUGUAUUCAUUAAUAGUAGGCUAUUUAUUUAAAACAAUGCAAAAAACGUCAAUUUAGAUGUGUUUAUAGGGUGUCUGUUUAUUAAUCAAUGAUGUCAAGGUCUAAAAAAGGACCUUGACCUACGUAGCCUAUCGUUCAGGUCAAUCAUGGCGUGUCAUUUUAAUUUGAUGAAGCGGUGGAUGAGGGAGCUGUCAUAGUACCCGGCUUAAAGGGAACGUUCUUUCUGGAAGAAGUCACGUUAAGAAUACUUAAGAAUAGGGUGCACACGCAAUUAGCUUGACAUUUUACGUGCGGGUGGGCAGGGAUACUUAUGUCUAAUAAGCAAAUGACUACAUAGACAAUACUUAAAUUUAGCAAAAUUGCAGAUAGGAUAGGCUAACUAUGUACAAAAGAAAUGUAGUUGUAAUUGUGUCAUUAUUAUUAUUAGCAUAAUAACAUUAUGCUAUAGGCCUAGGCCUUAAUUGUCCACGUAGUUUGCUGCUAAAACGCAAAUCGUUAGACUACAAGACAAUAUGGACGACGAGCUUGUUAGAUAAAGUGUUUUACGAUGAAGGCAGGAAUCUGUUUGUCUAUCAGCAACGUGCACGUUGAUGGUCUUAAUGGUGAUAAAUAAAUGCGUUUGCUUCCUCGUCAAUGGCAAACGCAUUUAUUUUCAUGUCGAUUUUCGAUGCCCAGUCUAUAGACUGGGCAUCGAGAAGGCAACACGGGGCAAAGAGAUCAAGGGUAAGCUGUCGAGGAGACCGUCGAGAGGGUCGAAAGUGUGGGUUAACUUUAAUCCAUCAUCACCGCACAGUGCGGGUAACGUAGCGAGCCACCCACAUAGGCUACGAACUCGUUAUGCUAGCCAGCUCACUUUAGCCAACUGACAAGGUUAUAUUUGGCAGAGUUCAUUAUCUUUUCAAGGGAAAUGUAGCCUCUAGAGAACGCACAUUGUCUUUUUAAAUAGGAACCGGUGUCACAGUCUAAAAUACUCACGGGCACUGCAUGAAUAUAUCCCAAACUAAGGACUUUAAAAUCGGCAACACAUUGGCAAAGAAAAAGGCUACACAACGGACCAAUAGGGUCCAACUCAUAGACCUAUAUAACUAGGCCAAGCUACGGAGGUUUUUAAAGAUGGCGUCCGCGAAACGGACUGCGCCAUCUUUCCAUUUGCGGCUUGUCUGGUCUUGCGCAGAACAGUUGCUCCCCAUGCUCCUAGCUAAUGCACGAUUGAUGGACACGUCAUACUUUGCGACAACCAGUCGCGAGCGUGUGAGCUAAGGGAUUGCAGUAGUCAGAAAACUUGCAGAAUAGGGUAGCCUGCAAGUCUGAUCAAGAAGCAGCAUCAUGAGAACUUUACGAAAAUCAAUGAUAUAAGUACUGUAUAGUUUUCCUUUCACUUAACUAAAAAAAAUGCUGGGUUAUUUUUUCUACCCAAAUGCUGGGUUGAGCCUGUUGGGUCAUUUUGUUGGGUUAUUUACAUGGUGUUGGGUAGUUUUUGUGCAGCCCAGCCGCUGGGUUAGUGGCUGGGUCAUUGCUCAGUUUUAACAAUGCAGAUUGUCCCCUCCUCUCUUCCACCACCACGUCACCUGGUACCUUACCCAGCGGCUGGCACACUUCAACCCAACUGCUGGUUUAUCUGCGCCAUAUAAACAUGGACUAACUGUCAACAGUCUUUUCAACUCCAGGACACAUUUUGUUCAUUUAUUAACCCUCGUGCUGCCUUCGGGUCACAUGACCCAAAGGUUCAUAACGAACCAUCGUUGUGUUUACCCAAUUUUACCCAAUACAAAAACAAAUUAAAAUAAUUUUCUUUUAACCUUUGCAAUGUGGGGGGUCUGAGACAGCCUAGGUGUUAAAAGAAAAUGCUUCACUUUGUCUUUGUAUGCGGUAAAUUUGUCGCAAUACGACGGUGGGUCACAAUGACUGAUGGGUCAGAAUGACCCGAAGAUAACACAAGGGUUAAAAGGUUUCUAUCCAACCAAGUUAGGAAUUAGCGACAGCAGAAAUAGCGUAACUUCUUGCAGCAACUGUGAAUGGUGAGAUUAUCCUAGGUUGAGGCUAGCUUUUAGCUGUCAACUCACUUUGGCCUGUAUGUCAAUUUAGUUGCUAGGCAGCUAGCCACAUUUCUACAGUAAAAUCCCACGUUUGUGUAAGAAAUAAAUGUACUGCUGAAAAC